CGGCGACUGCAGUCAAACCUGCAAUUGGCGUUUGGAUCUCUUACAGCCAAUUUGAUCAUUACUGCAUGAACGUCCAGUAUACCUAACAGUAUACUGGUGCGGGCAGCCCUCGGGGAUGGUUGAGAGAGCAACUACCAGAUGGGAUGCUGCAGGUUGUAUGCUCUGCAUGACGGGGGCGCUUCUUUUUGGAGGACAAUCAUGAAAGCGGCCAGGAAGGAACCCUGCACCCGCUGUCGGACAAGAUCAAUCAUCAAGGAGUGCAAAGGGGAGACGGUCCAUAAUCGGGUCCGCGAAGAGUCGAGGUCAGAUGCAUUCGUACAACGUCGCUUGACAUAUAUGCGUAGUUGGGCAUUCCUGACAAGUCAACCUGAAGAGAAGGAGAAUCGGCGCCUUGGGCAACUUCCGCUUCUCCCAUUACCUGAGCGAUAUUCCAAGAGAGGUCUAUGGAUGAUUCAUUGGGUUUCCUCGGGGCUGGUAGAGCGAGAAACUGCCAUUGGGUCCAGAUUAUCCGUAACUCAACACCGGGUCUCAAGAGCUGCUGAUGGCCACGUCACUGAGACUAUUGAGUUUACUGAACAGACACGCUGCAUACAAACCAAUCAGAUACCUGUCGUUGUGUGCCGGUUCAAGUUGUGAGCAAGCGACAGGCUACACACGGUAGACUGUAGUUGGGUAGGUAAUUCAGGUAGUCUUCCGAGUUUCUUCUUCAAUCUGCUUCCCGUUGAAUGCCCGCUUCGUAGGGAACAUGCUACUGUAAGUUGGUGUUGUAGCUGCAAAAGAGAGGAGAACGCCGCCCACGCCUCAUUUCUGAUCCUUACCUGGGGUCUUUUCA